AUGCGCAAAGUCAUCGUGAUAGACGGCACCCAUCUACGAAACAGAUAUGGCGGAUGCCUUGUAGCUGCCAGCGCACAGGACGGUAACUUUCAAGUGUACCCUCUAGGGUUCGCGGUUGUUGAUAGCGAGAAUGACGAUGCAUGGGAGUGGUUUCUGUGGAAGCUGACAGAAAUUGUUCCCCACGAGCCAGAUUUGGUGUUUGUCUCAGAUCGCCAUUCAUCGAUCUAUACCGCAAUUCGUAAGGUUUACCCGAUGUCUUCACAUGGCGCAUGUAUUGUCCAUUUGCAACGAAAUGUGGUCACCAACUUUAAAUCUGAAAUGCUGAGUGAGUUGACAUCCCAGACAGGUCGUGCAUACCGUUUGAGUGAAUUCGACAGGAUUUUCGAGGAGAUAAAGAAUACCGACCCAGAAUGCGCAGCGUAUCUAGCGAGGAUCGGUUUCGAGCAUUGGACACGGUCACAUUUCUUUGCACUAAGGCGUGAAACAGCUAACAAGGACACAGACAUCGUGAAUCCCAAGGUGAAGGAAAUGAUGAUGGAAAACUUCAAGAAAUCUGCUGGUUAUUUCGUAAUGAAGAUAGGGGACGGCGUAUAUGAAGUUCGCGACGCAAUGGAUAUUGCAUAUGCUGUUCACUUGUGGGAGCAAUCUUGCACCUGUAGAGCAUUCCAACUCCUAGGGAUACCUUGCGAACACGCCAUUGCAGCAGGUAUUAGGGAUGGGGUUCGAGUAGAGACUCUGGUAAAUAUCCAUUACACCGUUCAAUAUCGCAGACUUGCGUAUGAAGCAAUGAUAAUGCCAGUGCCCGACAUAGACACCCUGGAACGUACUACUAAUGAGUCUGGCAAGGUGAGGCUCGGCCCUCCCAAUGUCCGUCGUCCCCCUGGAAGACCUAAAAAGACGCGUAUAUUCUCUAAGGGUGAAUUCAAGAGAGUGGCGAGGCGUCGUUGCACAAGAUGCCGUGUCCGUGGACAUAACAAAUCCACUUGCAAGGGCCCCAUACCGGAAACUUAA